AUGGCCGCCGGGCGGGUGGGCCGGGAGUGCGAAGGGAGUGGAGGGCUGAGGAGCCGACCAACGGCCCGGGAGGGCGGGGGCGCUCGCAGGAGCGGGGACACGAGGGGGGGGGGGAGGGGGAGAAGGCGAGGUGGUUCCGGUUGCGCGCGCAGCAGGAGCGGCGGCGGCGGCGGCAGCGGCGGCGGCGGCGGCGGCGCGAUCAGCCUGAGCCGUAACCGUCCCGGCAGCGGCAGCGGCGGCAGGAGCCGGAGCAGCGGCAGCGGGAGCCCCAGCGGCGGGAGCAGCAAGCAGCAGCGGCAGCCAGAGCGCGGAGCGCGGAGCAGGCCCUUCGGCGGAGCGGCGCGAGGCGAGGCCCCGGCGCUGCCUCCACACGGGGAGCAGCCGCAGCCCCCGCCGCCGCCGCCUCAGCCAGAGCCGGGGCCGGAGCCGGAGCCGCCACCGCCGCCGCAGCAAGACGGACUCGCUGGCACGCGCCGCCGCCGCCCGAGCCGGAGCCGGGGCCCGAGCCGGAGCCGCCGCCGGGGCCGGGACCGGGGCCGGAGCCGCCGCCGGGCCGGGCCGGGUGUCGCGCGCUCGGGGGGAGGCUGGGGGGGAGUCGUCGUCGCCGCCGCCACCGCCGCCGCCGCCGCCGCCGCCGCCGAGGUGACUGAGGAGGAGCCCCCCGGCCGCCCGACCGUCCUCGCCGCCGGACUUCAAUGCCCAGCCCCCAGCUCGCCGGCGUUCUCUGUUGGAAUCCACGCCGCACAUUUAUGGCGAUUCUGAGCGUGCAGGCAGACUUCUGCCAGGCUCAGCACAGUGCUUUUGCUGACAAGUGAGCUUGAGGCUUUUCUACGUGCCAUAAUUAACAUUGCCUUGAAGACUCCGGACACCAAGAUUGGCCUCAGAAAUAUUUGGCAUAUAUCUUUAUUUUUUUCAUAUUGGAAGCAUAUUCCCUUUAACACCUCCAGCAAAAUUAAGCAUCAAGAAAACAAGUGCAGAGCGGGUCUAUACUUUCACCUUGCCUCACCAGUGCCUAAAUGUAGGAAAGGCCGCUGAAGUUGAAGGCAUUUGUUGGAUUUUUGGAGGUUGAAGGUAACCAUCUGCAGUCAUUGAGGCCCAAGUUGAAUCUGAAUUCCAGAGGAUUCUAAAUAGAUCUGGUUAUCCCGAAGAAACUCC